GAACUAGAUGAAGCAGCUGAUCGGAGGAAGCUGUGGAAGAAAUGUUGCGGGUUGGAGAUGAUUGUAAUUCCCAUGCCGCGGAGGUAAUUCAGGAUUAGUUUAGCCUCUCAAGAUGUAGUCGGAAUGAGGGCAAUAGCGGUGUCUGUGUGGAUCUUUAUUAAUCUAGUGUUUUUGGGUAUGUGUGGAUACAUAUAUUUGCUAUGGUCACAAUAUUGGCAAUAUGUUGAGAGGCAGCAGGAGCACAUGGCCGGGCUCAUGAACAAUGCUCGGUCCGGCGGUGGAGGCGUCAGCCAGAUAUUCUACUACAACCACGACACUUUCACGUCUACAACAGACCCAGAUGCCAUUGUCAUUUCAUCUGGGAACAGAAGCAAUGCCUUAUCCAAGCAUCACAGCAAUGACAAACCUGGCAACAGAACUUAUGUUGGGCGCUUUCCAGUGAAUGUGGUCCUACGUCGACACAGCCAGCCGCGGUUCCCCAAGACGAGAGUCAGUGGGGAUGAGAUAAGGUGUGCAGACUGGAGUGCCACUGAUAAGGUAUCUUCGAGGGUGCUGGCCUACAAGAGCCAGCUGGUUGUUCAGCUACGGCGUGUACUGCUAGAAGAAAGCAGCGUGUUCAAGGCUCGUGGGGACAGUAAUAACCCAUACGACGUGAACUACGUGGGUCCCCGUGGCUCCUACAUUGGAAAGAGUGUGCGUGAGCUGGUGUGUGGCCUCAAGAAGAAGGUGGGCAGUAUACGCGUCAUAAGUGCACUAGACAAGCCAUUCAUGAGCCUGGGCCUCGGGGGACUAUUCCCCAGGGCACCCAUAUUCACUGAAAAGUACAAUACCUGCGCCAUUGUCACUAAUGCAGGCUCACUGUUCGGCUCAGGACUUGGCACUUUCAUCGAUAUGCAUGACAUGGUUCUGAGGUUUAACCAUGCCCCCACAAUUGGCUACGAGGCAGAUGUUGGUAUGAAAACUACACUGCGCAUCGUCAACUCCCAAGUAGUGUCGAAACCCAGCUUCAACUUCAUGACAUCACCCCUCUACCAGAAUGUAAUUUUGCUUGCUUGGGAUCCGAGCAACUACUCUUCCACGCUGGAACAGUGGUACCAGCAGCCAGACUUUGAUGUGUUCACACCAUACUUCGAGCGUCGAAAACUUUACCCAGAGCAGGCCUUCUAUCUGCUGGACCCGCGUUCACAAUGGAUGCUGUGGGACUAUGUCCAGAGCCUCAUUCCAGUCAGAAUACGCAAGAACCCACCCUCAUCAGGCUUCCUGGGACUGGCCCUCAUGCUUCCACACUGUUCACAUGUGGACUUGCUCGAGUAUGUGCCAUCAGUCAGGCUGACCAAGCGCUGCCACUACUGGGACGUAGCUGAAGACUCAUCCUGCACGUUUGGUGUGUGGCAUCCGCUGGCUGCUGAGAAGCUCCUUGCUCUAGCACUGAAUGUGGAUCACCCUAUUUUGAACAACAGUGAUGCCGUUACUGAAAUCUUGUCUGUAACUGUAAAUACACCUACUGUGCUGUAUCAACAUAAUACCAGAUUCAGCUGUGGGUCCUAUACAGUAGUGAGGACAGCCUGCAACUGAGACCAUGGUUGCUGCAGUUUUUCUUCUGUUUGGUGCACCGGCGGUUCUCCUUCUUCAUGUUCAGCUUACCGUCCAGGAAACUGUGAAGCAGCAUAAAUGGACAUAUGCACUCAAUUGAGUAUGAGGGGUGAGCCAUAAAACUGGCCCUAGCGCUGCGACCUUCAAUGGUCUAUUGUGCUUUAUGCAACCAAUUACAUGUCAGUUGUUCUGAUGCAGUGGUACAUUAUGUUUAGGUGAUGCAGUUUUAUUUUCACCAUGUUAGAGAGAUUAUUAUAAUGUAUAUAUUGAAUUUAUUUCACUACUGCCAGAUCUGAGAAUUUGAUACAUUAUUUAAGAUAUAAUUUAUAUGAAAUUUAAAGUAAGAGAAUACUCAGUUUGAUGCCCACCACUGUCAGAUUUCAAACAAAGCAUAUUAAUAGUAUUACUAUGUGCAGUUCAGUGUCAGAUCCAGAAAACAUCUUGAAUGUAAGAAGAUGUUUAAAUUACUUUACCUGGAGUCUAGUCACAUGUAAGGCUACAAGGUGAAGUCUGAAUUGAGAGACAAGCUCAUGCUGGCAGAAAACAUGAAAACCAGAAUUUAUCUAGUUUACAAACUAAUCACAAGACAUCGCAAGGGCAAAUAAAAAAUUGAAGGCUGUUUAUUUAAUGUAACUCAGAAGUGAUAUUGGUAGUACUGUGCUGCGAGUAACGGGAAUACUGACACAAACUUACCAUGGGUGCUUCAUUGAUAGAACGCACAAAAGAACUGUGAUUUGUGAACAGCAGCUGCGAAAGCUGCCGACUUUACAGAAAGAUGUCAGUACAAGCUAGUGGCAAGUUUAAGAAUUGGAAGUAUCUGACUGUCGAUGUGGCACAUUCUGGUUGAUCAGCAAAUGCUAUAUGCAUUGAGAGAUAAAGGAAUAGAUCGAUCACUGUAUCUGGGAUGACAGAAAAAUCAGCAUAUGAAAUGAUCAUCAGUAAUGGAAAUGCAUGUUGCAAGAACAGCUUAAGAGUCCAUCUUUAACGACAUGUUGUUCUGAUUGAGUCAGGAAACUUGUGAAUCUCUGGAACAACCAAUUAGGGCAAAAAGUAUGAUACCCCAGAUCAACGGGUUAUUACAGUCGCAACUUACAAUAAAACAGCCUUUAAUUUGCUGCUUGCCUUUAUGGUCACUUUUGAAGUAACUGAUGUAAGAUGUCAAGAUGAAGUACAAUUUCUUUCCUAUAAUCGAUUUUUUAGCUGCCUGUAAAUUGAUUUUCUUAAAAUGUCUUCUUGUGUUACAUCUAUUUUUUGUUCCUGUUAUAAGACAUAUACUUAUGUUAUAUGUGGGGAGUUACAUGAAUGUUAUUGACACUAUUAAAUCCAGCUGGAACAUAAUUAUGGUUUCUGAUGUCUCCCAUCAGCAUGAAGCAAGGUUUUGCAUUGAAUUUUGUAUUGCUGUUGUGGUACUUUCUGCAGAGGGCUUAGAUUUACAGUAGAAGUUAUAGGAUUCUGCAUAGUGAAAAAUCAGUGAGGUUGUAAAGGAAAAGAGGAAACCCAUGUACCAGUGUGUAAUGCUCUGGUAUCCUGCUGGAUACAGAAAUUUGUUUUUACAACUUCCAUUUAUUUCUGAGACCAGAAUGAGUGAUUUCUUACAAUGGAAGUGUAAUUACAAUAAACAUGACUUUAUGGGGGGGGGCUAUUUUACAAAACUACCAGUAGGCAGACUGCAGGGUGUGCCAGGAGGAAAGGGCAGUAUUCUGGGAGUUCAUGGUGUCAGUCAUUCUAAGCAAAAAAUUGUAUGUGUACACGUGUCCUAUUCUGAACAGUUUCCGAGAGACAGCUAUUUCACUGAACAGUUCAGAAUUGUUGGUAAGAAAGAGUUAUUACAUGCUGUCUCUAAUACCAAUAUUUAUUGUUCAAGUGACAAAGUUGGUACAGUUUACCAUAAUACAGUUUUUAAAAUUCCACUGUUGACAUCAGUGCUCUUUGCAACUCAUGUGAGGACAUGGUGUGUAGCUCAUCUGAGUGCAUCUUGACGUUCCUUUACGUGGGCGAUGACUUCGAUAGCUCCGUCUCAGAAACCAUUCAGAUUGAGGUACAUGUACACAGAGUUCUUUUUUGGUUAGAAUGACUGAUGCUGUGACCCCCCAGAAUACUGACCUUUCCUCCUGGGACACUGUACAGUAUUGAAUGGUGAACUAAAAAAGGGAGUUAAACUAUAAGAAACCAUAGUCAGUAUAGCUGGUGUCCUGGCUGAGAUUUGAACCGAGCACCUCACAAUUAUGGUUCACAGCAUUACUGCUUGUGUCUACUCAUUGGGUGGAAUAUGUCUGUCGGACCAGUGAGUGAUACUGAAAAAACUUCUAAGGCAGUGGACAGUGUGCAGAAUAUUAGUCAUGUUUAUUGCAGGCAGUGGACAGUGUGCAGAAUAUUAGUCAUGUUUAUUGCAAAAUACCAUUGUGCGGAAAAAAAUACAUUUGGUGUAAAUGUAAUUAUUUGUGAAGUAGGCAAUGAAGUCACCCCAUUAAAUUCCCUAGCAACUGUUACAAGAGCACAGUUAUUGCCCAUAGUAGCAGAAGAUGGAGCAGCAGGUAUAGUACUCGUAUUGGGUGUCAUCUCCACAGUGUAUCCUCUUACUGCUCAAAAUAAACUGAAACAAUGUUAAUUUGUGA